AUGAAGGGCCAGGGCCAAACGUAUGUCUUCAACAUUAGAUUACCCGCAGUCAAACCAGUAUGUCCUUUAUUCCUUCCUCCACCACAACCAUCCAUCUUUCCAUCUUUCCAUCCUUCCAAACAUCCACUUCUUCGCUGAUCAACCACCUUGCUCGCCUUUUGUUAAUUACCAGCAGCUCAACAUCCCCUGGAUUGAAUCAGCAUACAUGGCAGGCUUGGAAGCAGAUAUGGAUUUUCAGGACGCUUUUCUUUUCGCGACCCUCCAGGAAGGUACGUCGUCCUCACGUUCGAGAUCGAUGGCAGCAUCGUCAUCUCCGCAAAUUCAGAACAUCGCAACUAACGCGCAAGAGGUCAAAAUGGCGAGCCUGAUGGAGAUACACCUCGUGCUCUCUUGCCGCCGCUCCCUGUUGCCCCUGUUCGUGAGGUAGCAGGUGAUGCCAUGGGGUAUGACGCCGUGGGUGCGUCUGCCUCACUGACUGGAGAGUCAGUACCCGAGAUGGGUGGAGGUGUAAAGCCUCUCGACUCGACCUUGCCUUCCGUCGUCGAUGCCGAGAGUCUGGCCAACGCAGUCAAGGCCAAUCCACAGCGUGUGUUCACGGCGCUGACCAACAUUGCUUGGGCCCGUGACGACGCGGAGGCUGCGUUGGCUGGUAUGGCCACUACUUGCAACGAUCUGGAGCUCGCGAGGGCUCAGAUUGCUGGCUUGGACAGCCAGCUUGACCAACUCCAUCUCGAGUACAGCGAGGUGAAGGACGAUCUCCGAGCGGAGAAGGGCAACCUUCGUCUCGCCGAGGAGAACGCCCAACAUGCCAUUGAUGACCUCGAUGGUAUGAAGAAAGACAUGGCGGCUCAGAAGCAGGUAAGAUAUCAAUCUUCACACAUCCCAACGACCCCCUCUCUUCAUCACUCUUCACCUCUAUCAUUCUCCAUAUCAAGGCCAAUGCUGACCUCUUCACCUCUAGGCCUUUGAGCGGCUCGACUGGGGCAUGAAGACCAAGAACAAGAUGUUGUUCAAAAUAAUCAAUUAUUAUGAACAUCACAUCGUUGCUCUUUGUCUGGACCGCACCUACUCAGUCCUGACCACUCACCUGCCUCAGACCGCCAUGAUCAAGUCCAUUGAUCCCGCGGCCCAGGAGGCCCUUCAAGAUCCGUUCCCUCUGUUCCCACCUGGGACCAAGAGCUACACGGAUGACAACGACGGUGCUGCUGCUGGUAGCAAGGGCAAGGGAAAGGAGGGUGGGAUCCCCAUCACACCACCACCUACCUACGCCCAAGCUGCCACCAGCACCAAGGGCAAGAAGGGAAAGAAAGGCAAGAAUCCUGGUUCGAGUGCCAGCUCGGUCUCUGGUGGAAACGAUCUCGCUGCCUCAACUAGUUCGCUGCCUGCCAGACCAGGUUCGGCCGCCAACUUCAAUCCUGGCGCAGUAAGUUAUCUCGACCUCACCUUUGCAUCUACAUCCAUCUAACACUUCCACACAGCAAUCUUUCGUCCCGACCAGCUCCUCACCCAAGCCGGUCCCGGCAGCAAUUGCCUCAUCAUCCAAGUCGGCACCAUUCGCAUACUCGUCCAACACUGUUCCCCCCAUCCCAGGGGUCGGUGCUUUAGAUCUCGUCCCAACCGAGCGACCAAACCUUUGCUACACCAUACCACCACCAAUGCCGCACCCAGGCCACCCCUACAGCGGCGUAGCACUCAUCGGACAGUCCGUCUUCGAAGCUAGCCGCAUCGACGAAGACACCAUCAAAUUCCUCAUCUCUUCUCUCCCAGAGAGCGUCCGCAACAUCUGUCCCAUCUCCAUCACAUGCAGCAGCAGCAUCUGCACCGUCCCGGGCUGCAAACUCCAAAAGGUCUGCGACGAGUUCAACAACGAGACACUUCCUCUUACCCACACGUGCUUGAUUCAACCCUGUCCCUUCGUCCACAUGUAUCGCACCUGCGAGCAAGAGAUUAAUGGUGCGGGUCUUGGUUGUCAGGCUUGGAUGGAUGUUCAGAAGGCUCGCGCUGGUAAUCUUACACAAGGCCAUUCGCAUGCGCAUCCUCCCAUGAGCCAUGCUAGUUCUGCUCGUCAGGCUGCUGGUGGUGAUCGUCUUACGGAACGUCGUGAUAUGCAUGUUGCCAAGCGUGCUCAUGCUGCUAUCUGUACUGCGGAGGAGAAUGAAGCUCGUCGGCUGCUCUUCCAAAUCAUUGAUGUUCAUCGUCUGGGUCGGUACUUGGGAUGA